ACAUCGUUUUCAUAUAUAAGCGGGAUAGAUCGAUUGAAAACUCAUCAGUUCGAGUGAAGCUGCAGGACGAAGCAGAUUGCAUUUCAACAAACUACAACUUCGAAACAUACACUUAACUUUUGAAAAUGUUCAAGAUUCUGGUCCUGUUCGCCGUUGCUUCGGCAAUUGCUGCCAAUUCAAUCCCCGUGCCACCGACCAGCGGCCAACCGUCGGUUCCAGUGCCUCCACUUCCAAUGUUGAUUCGGCAUGCCCGGGCAGCUGAGAUGCCAACGGAACCCAAAGAAGUACAAUCUACCGGGGAAGCUGCUGAAUCUGCUGACGACAUGGAGAAGGCGGAAACGUUCGGAUUUGGAUUCCACAAGCACAUCUACGUGAGCCCGUCGUACGGAUAUGGUGGAUACUAUCCUUACAGUUACGGAUAUGGAUACGGAUAUCCCAGCUACGGAUACGGUGGUUAUGGAUAUCCUUACUAUUAUUGAAUCAUCAUCUUACUAAAUUAUUUAAACUAUAAUUUAUAAAAAAAAGUGCAAUAUUUUAUACU